CCCAGCCCGCGGACCGCAAGGCUCGUCGUGAAUGUCCGGGGCGGGAAAUGCCCGGCCUGACGCAGGCCGCUGCGAGAAGCUGGGGACGAGGAGCCCGUGCAAGCGAGCAGUGGGGCCCGGGCUGCGCUAACCGGGGCCCAGACCUGACCCGGGGGCUUCCAGCGGCGUUCGGGAGAACAUCGAGGCUCCGGCGGCGGCCGCGGGUGCCCGUCUCUGCCCGGCUGCCUCGCGCGCCUGCCCCAGGGUGUGGCGGGCUAAGUGCCCAGCAGCUCGCUCGGCGCAGGGACAGCGGGCUCCAGCGAGCUCCUCCUACGGCUCUAGUCCGCCCUCCCCCCCCGCCCUGGGAGCUUGCGGCGGACUCUCCAUUCCCGCUUCCCUGGCGCGCCGGGCAGGGCAGGAGCAUCGCCGCCUUCCCGCCUGAGCCUCCGCCCGCGGCUGCUCCGAGAGAGAUGAGGCCGUGGGUGCUGCUCAGCCUCCUGCUGCUGCACGAAACGCUGCAGAAUGUUACUGGACAACCAGCAAAGAGUAAGCGUCCAAAGGAACCAGGGGAGAACAAAAUUAAACCUGUCAACAAAAAAAUGAAGCCCAAACCCCCCAAAUUAAAGGAGAGAGAAUCCAGUGACACAUCCACAAAAUCCCAGUCCAUAAUGGUCCAAGUGAUGGAUAAAGGUCGCUUCCAGAAACCUGCUGCCACGUUGAGUCUGCCCACACUGCAGAACAUAGAACUACGAUGUAAAGGGAAUAAAAUUGGGUGGAGUUAUCCUUCAUACCUAGACACCUUUAAAGACUCCAGACUCAGCAUUAAGCAGCUUGACAGAUACGGUCAGCUGAUCCUUGAAAAUUCUACAGCAGCAGAUACUGGUGAAUAUAGCUGCUGGCAUCUUUUGUGUAAUGGUGAUAGCUGCAAGAAGGAUGAGUCUAAAACUGGCUCAACGUACAUCUUUUUCACAGAUAAAGGGGAGCUCUUUGUGCCUACUUCCAGUUAUUUCGAGAUUGUCUACCUGAACCCAGAUAAACCAGCAGUAAUCCCUUGCAGAGUGACCAUCCCAUCAGCAAAAGUAACUCUGCACAGAGAGUUUCCAGCAGAAGAAAUCAAAACAGAUGGAUCUAGUAUUAUAUAUGAUGCAAAGAAGGGCUUUAUCUAUAAACACCCCACCUCGGACCACAAAGGGGUAGUUUACUGUAAAGCAGAAUCACGGGGAGCAUCUCAGAUUUCCAUCAAGUAUCAACUACUGUAUGUGGAAGUUCCUAGUGGUCCACCAUCAACAACAAUUGUGGCAUCAUCCAACAAAGCAGGAGGUGGUGACAAUGUUAAUGUUCUCUGCAUAGUCCUUGGGGAACCAGACGUAGAAGUAGAAUUCAUUUGGAAGUACCCAGGGGAAGAGUAUGAAAGGCCUGUGAUUAUCCAAGAUUCUUGGCGGCUGAUCAACAGAGGAAUUGGGCAUACCACAAGAAUCUCCAAGAGUGUUAUUUCUAUUGACGAUUUCGAAACCAUUGAUGCUGGCAACUAUAUUUGUACAGCUCAGAACCUACAAGGACAAACCACAGUAGCCGCCCAUGUUGAACUGACCUGAUAUGUGAAGCCUGUGGACACAGAAUGAACAAACAGUAUGUUGUUGCACACAUUGACGCUUUCGUUUCUUUUUAUUAAUUCUGAGGUGGAGGUUUCUGUUUAAUCUCUCUCCUCAUAUUCACACAUUCUACUUUCAUUAUAGAGCAGUGAUCCAGAACAGAGAUCCUAAUGCUUAGCAAUAUUCGAGACAGCUGGGUGGAUAUCCACUUUUUUUUUUUACUUUUUGUAACCUCAAUAUGCAUGUGGCUCGCAAGUGCUCCUAAUACAACGAUAAAUCUUUAGCAGGGUACUACAAAUAAUAUCUUGUAAAAAUGUUAAUUGUGCUUUAUUUUCAUGAAUGCUAAGAGGAAGAUAUAUAACAACUUCAGGUGGACCCACCACCAUAUAUAUAUUUUCUUCUUUGCCAUGGUGGUAACUUUAACAUAUUGUAUAUGUAAAAAACAUUAUUUAGCUAUGAUUCUCUUGUUUUAGAAAAUUAGUCAACAGUGAUUACUCUUCCAUUUUGAUACUUUGAUUAAAUUUCUUUUACUGAA